UCAAGGAACCGGAAGUCUUUACCUCCUCGGCGAAGAUGGCGUCGCAGCAGCCGCAGCCCGGCGGACCGAUGUCUCAACCCGGACUACAACAACCCGCCUCGAUCCAGCAGCAGCAACAACAACUGAGUCAACAACAAGACUUCGAUCCCGUUCACAAGUUCAAGAUGCUCAUCCCGCAGCUGAAGGAGAGCCUGCAGAACGUGAUGAAGAUUGCAUCCCUGAAUUUGGCCCACAACACGAGCAUUGAUAACGGCAUUAAAAGCAGCGACACGUCUGUGCAGCGCUUCGACAAAAGUCUGGAGGAGUUUUAUGCACUUUGUGAUCAACUGGAGCUAUGUUUGCGGCUGGCUUACGAGUGCCUCUCUCAGAGCAUCGACAGCGCCAAGCAUUCACCCAACCUGGUCCCGACAGCCACCAAGCCGGACACAGUGCAGACCGAGUCCAUGUCCUACGCCCAGUACCUCUGCAUGAUCAAGUCCCAGAUCUCCUGUGCCAAAGACAUCCACAACGCUUUGCUGGAGUGCUCCAAGAAGAUCGCAGGGAAGGGACAACCUCAGGGAAUCAUGUAGAGAUGGACUUUCUGCAUCUGCUGAUUCAUAUGACAGAUGGUCAGCUUUCUCCCAUCUUUAGAUUUUUCCUUUUCCUCCUUAUCGGCUGAUAUAUUGUUUCAUAUAACAAGACCCUGUAUAUUUCGUUGAGAGUAUUUUUGUUAAAUUAUUUCCAAUGAACUCGGUGUAAAUAUUCCCGAUGAAAAGGUCAAUACUCAGACUGACCAGCAGGUGGAGGCAGAGAUUCAGUUUCAGUAUUUUGUAGUAUGUUUGUACUGAUUAUUAAAGCUUUUUCACUGAUUGA